ACUUAUCAUUUGGCCGCUUGCCAAGCGGCUGUACGGUGUGCGUGCGCCUCCGGUACUAUUGUAAACAAAAGUACGAUAAAUUGCGCGAGUUCUAAAUUUAACUUUGAAGCGAACCGGUCAGCUGUGAACUGAUAUAAGUGUUGCUUAAUAUGGACUUGUCUUGUGGCGAAAAUAUGGAGAAUUCAGGAAACAUCAACGAAAGAGCUGGGGACUUGUGCGUGGCCGGGUCCGAUCGAGCAUUGGAUCGCGACCCUCGCGUUCUUCUCAAUCUCCUGGCCUUGGAGAGAUCACAUGCUUUGCACACGGAUUACUUUCAAAACGUGCAAAUUGAUAUACAACCUUUUAUGCGUAAAGUUGUUACUACUUGGAUGCUAGAGGUAUGUGAAGAACAACAAUGUGAAGAACAGGUGUUUCCUCUGGCGGUGAGCUACAUGGACCGGUUCUUGGCACAGCGUGCGAUAUCUCGUCAGCAGCUGCAGCUUCUGGCUGUCACAACCAUGCUGCUAGCCUCAAAGUUUCGUCAGUGUCAUCCGCUGUCCGUAGAUUUGCUGUGUGCUUACACGGACAAUUCUGUUUAUCCCCACGAAGUGAGGCAAUGGGAGAUUAUGCUGCUCCAGAGGUUGAAUUGGCAGCUUUCAGUGGCAACAGCGUUUGACUUCGUGGAACCAUUUUUGGCCAGGGUACCGUGGGGCAGAAGCAAUUCGUUAAUUCGGACACACGCCCUCACCUUAACUUCUGUCUGUUAUACAGAAACGGAAUUCCUGCUGGUCCCGCCAUCCAUGGUUGCGGUGGCUUGCAUAACGGCUGCGGCCCGUGGAUUGCGCGUGCGAAUGUCUGUCAACGAGCUGUGCGCGCUGACGAGAACUCCUGCUGCAGCAGCUGAGCUGGUAGCGCGGCAUGUCGAGCGAGUACUCGCCAGGGAGACUCAACCACAAGAACCAAGAACGAGAGUUUCCCAAGCACACAAACAAACCACACCAGAACACACCGAGCUCCCGGAUACACCAACAGAUGUACAGGACGUACGUUUCUGAUAGUACGUAAUUAUAAUCAUAGUUUAACUUUAAAUUUUGUAAAAUAGAGAAAUUCUAAAUUUAAACCGAGGUUGCAAUCGUAUGAAGCGAAGAAAAGUAAUAUAUUUAAGUUUUGAAAAAAAAAAAA